AGCUUCGAUCAUGAGCUCCACUGGCUUGGCGCGAACGCUGAGGUCGCUGUGCAUCGGCGGCGAUCUCUCGAAGGCGGUGCGUCUCCUGUGCCGGAGUGCGGUGUGCCCCGGCGCCGGAACCUACGCGCUUCUGCUGCAGGAAUGCGUGAACCGGCGGGACGGGAGGAUGGGGAAGAGGAUCCACGCGCGCAUGGUGUCGACCGGCUUCGGCUGCGGCGUCUACAUGGCCACCAAGCUGCUGAUCUUUUAUGUUAAGAUCGGCGAGCUCGGCGUCGCGUGGAUGCUGUUCGACGGAAUGCCGCAGAGGGGCGUCGUGGCGUGGAACGCCAUGAUAUCGGGGUGCACGCGCCGCGGCGAGGAGGCGCGGGCGGUGGAGAUGUUCGGGUUGAUGCGGGCGGAGGGGAUGAGGCCGGACCAGUUCACGUUCGCGUCGGUGCUGUGCGCGUGCGCGAGGCUGGCGGCGCUGGAGCACGGCCGGCGCGUGCACGGCGUCAUGGCCAAGUCGCGCGUCGGCGGCGGCAACGUCGUCGUCGACGGCGCGCUCGUCGACAUGUACCUCAAGUGCAGCAGCCCCGACGACGCGCGCCGGGCGUUCGCGGCGGCGCCUGCGCGGAACGUCACCAUGUGGACGGCCGUCAUCUCCGGGCACGGCCAGCACGGGCGCGCCGCCGAGGCGCUGGCGCUCUUCGACCAGAUGACGCGGGCGGACGGGCUCCGGCCGAACGACGUCACGUUCCUCGCCGUGCUCUCGGCCUGCGCGCACGCCGGCCUCGUCGACGAGGGGCUGAGGCACUUCUCGUCCAUGUCGUCGGACUACGGCCUCACUCCGAGAGGCGAGCACUACGCGGCGGUGGUGGACAUGCUGGCCAGGGUCGGCCGGCUCCGCGACGCCUACGACCUCGUCAAGAACCUGCCGGACAGCCAGGAGGAACACUCGGUGGUCUGGGGCGCGCUGCUGGGCGCCGGCAGGAAGCACGGCGACGUGAGGCUGGUGGAGCUCGCCGCGCGGCGCUUCUUCCGGCUGCAGCCCGGGAACGCCGGCAAGCACGUCGUCGUGGCGAACACGUACGCCGCGCGCGAGAUGUGGGGCAGCGUGGCCGACGCUCGCGAGGCGAUGCGGUCGCUCGGCGUCAAGAAGGACCCGGCCUGGAGCGCCGUCGAGGUCCAGGGCAAGAGGCACACCUUCCUCGCCGGCGACUCGUACCACGGCGAGCUCUCGGCGAUAUACGAGACCUGCAACGCGUUGGCCUGCGCCGUCACCGAGCAGUCCGUGACUCCAGCAGUCCAGCUCAGGUGAUCAGAUUGCAUUUUCAGGCUUACUUCUCUGAAGAUCGAAGCAACAAGCCUGCAGAUUGUCUUUCAAAGAGGGUUCAAAGAGAUCACAGCGCCUGCAGAUUGUGCAAUUUGAGUGUGCCCUUGAUCAGGACCAUGCAAAUGAUCUGUGCCAUGUAAUCUUAACAUGUUCUUAGCCUGCAUUCCGCAACUGCAACACUUGCAUCUUGCAGCAACCUGAUGAUUCACUGACGAAAUCAUCCUGAGAAAGAACAGAGAAUCCCAAUCCCAAAAUAAACAGCUGGGAGAGAAGUGUCCGGAGUUAAACGACAGGCAGAUACGAGGUACACCAUUCUAUUUGACAAUUUCCCCCUUCCCCUUUUGCUAUCUGCCUGUCACUAAUCCAGGACAGCAUUAGUAAAACAAGAUCACAUCACCCGUUCAUGUUAUUGAGAUUCAGAACACUUGGAUGACAUCUGGUCCUGGUCUGCGAUUUGGAUCCUCGCAGAGACAUGAAACAUAUCAUUGUUCAUGAGUCACAGGCAGACCCUCGUAUGUCAGCAGCUCAGAAUCAAAUGUCAGUCUGCGGAUUGACAGGCAGACAGAUAGUGCUGAGUGUACAAUGUGAAGGGGAAGUUUCUGAAUGAAACAUAGGACAGAAUCAUUAGAGUGGUGACUGGUGAACUCAAAGAGAGUAUGAGGCACUGUUUACUUCCAAAAAUAUCACGUCCAAUCUUUUAAUAUCUAAAUGAAGCA